AUGGCUCACAAUCCCCUUUUUUGGAUCCAGGAUUCAGUGACUUUUGAUGAUGUGGCUGUGGACUUCACCCAGGAGGAGUGGACUUUACUGGACCCAACUCAGAGAAACCUAUACAAAGAUGUGAUGCUGGAGAACUACAAGAAUCUGUCCACAGUAGGGUGUCAAUUCUUCAAACCCAAUCUGAUCUCUUGGUUGAAAGAAGAAGAGUUGAGGACAGUGGAAAAAGGAGUCUUCAAAGAAUGGGAAAUGCGACUUAAAACUAAAGACUGAACACUUCCUCUACAGGAUAUUUUAGGAGAAGGAAUAUUCAAUAGGAUUGAAACGGAAAGAAGCCACUUUGGAUGGGAACUGAGUGAGUGUAAUGAAUGUGGAAAAGACUUCAGUGAACAAUCAUGCCUUAAGACACACGGGAGAACUCAAAAUGGAGGAAACAGUUAUGAGGAUAAUCAGUGUGGGGAAAGCUUCCUUACUCUGCACAGGAAGUCCUCUACUAGAGAGAAACUUGGUGUGUUUAAUCAGUGGGGAAAUGCUGUCCACUUGACUCCAAAUAUUGUGUCCUGGAAAACUAGCAUGCGAGAGAAAGCCUUCGAAUGCAGUGACAGUGGGAAAGCCCUUGUUAAUCAGUCUUACUUUCAGGCACCAAUGAGAAGUCACAAUAGAGAAAAACUCUAUGAAUGGAAGGACUGUGGGACAGCUUUUAUUCACUCCACAAGCCUUUGUGGACAUGUACAAAUUCAAACUGCUAAGAAACAUUACAAAUGUAAGGAGUGUGGGAAAAAUUUUCGAUGUUCUACAUACUUUAAAGUUCACAUGGGAAUCCACACUGGAGAGAAGCGCUAUAAGUGUAAAGAAAGUAGGACAGCCUUAAUUAGUUCUUCUUACCUUGCUAAACAUAUAAAAUCUCAUACUGGAGAGAGACCCUUCAUAUGUAAGAAGUGCGGAAAGUCCUUUAGAAGUUCCUCCUACUUUAAUAUCCACAUUCAAAUUCAUGCUGGAGUAAAACCCUAUAAAUGUAAGGAAUGUGGUAAAGCCUACACUGUGUACUCAAGCCUUGCUAAACAUAUAAAAACACAUACUGGAAAGAAGCCUUUUGAGUGUACUGUGUGUGGAAAAGCAUUUGUGAAUUCUUCGUGCUUUAUCAUUCAGUUUCGUACUCACACUGGAGAGAAACCCUAUGGAUGUGAAGAAUGCGAGAAAGCUUUCACUGUUUCCUCAAGCUUAGCUAGACAUGUAAGAAUUCACACUGGAGAGAAAUCCUAUAAAUGUAAGAAAUGUGGGAAAGCCUUCACUUGUAACUCAAAUCCAAGUCAACAUGUAAGAAUUCAUACUGGAGAGAAACCCUAUAAAUGCAGCAAAUGUGGGAAAGCCUUCAUUAGACAUUCAGAUUUGACUAGGCAUAAACGUAUUCACACUAGAGAGAAACCCUAUGAAUGUAAUGAAUGUGGGAAAGCCUUCAUUAGGCAUUCAGACUUAAAACAAAUUCACACUGGAGAGAAACCCUAUGAAUGCAAUGAAUGUGGGAAAUCCUUCAUGAAGCUUUCAGACUUAACAAAACAUAAACGAAUUCACACUGGAGAGAAACCUUAUGAAUGUAUGGAAUGUGGGAAAGCCUUCAGUGAUUCCUCGAGCCUAACUGGACAUGUGAGAAUUCACACUGGAGAGAAACCCCAUAAAUGUAAGCAGUGUGGGAAAGCUUACCCUUUCUCGACAAGUCUAAGGGGACAUGAAACCUUUGAAUGCGGUGAAUGUGGGAAAUUCUUUACUAAUUCCACAUAUCUCAGGACACAUUUGAGAAUUCACACUGGAGUGAAGCCAUUUGAAUGUAAAUGA